ACAUAAAUAGAUAUCAUCCAAAAUUAGAAAUCCGAGUCCUCUCAUCGCCAAUGCCGUUCUUGUUUUCUCUUCUGGUCAGAAUUCAGUCACCAGGUAACUGGAAUCCCCAAAUUCAGCAAUCUUCCAAAAUUACAUCCAAGAAUAGAAGCUUAUCUACUCCAAAGGUCAAGCCAUGGUUAACAUGGAAAAGAAACAUUUGCAGAGAAAAACAUAAGCAAAAAGAGGGAGAAAGGGACUCUGAAGCCAUGGAUCAACUGCUUUCAUGGUUCCUUGCCUUUCUUCUUCUUUUUUUUGUUCUCUGCAUGGUCGGGUAUCAGAUCAUUUGCUUGACGGACUUGGAAAUCGAUUACAUCAACCAAUACGAUGCGGCGACUCGGAUCAACAAGGUCGUCUUGCCCGAGUUCGUGUCCCAAGGAGUCUUAUGCUUCUUUUAUCUCGUGACGGGCCGCUGGUUUAUGUUCUUGCUGUCUCUUCCAUACCUAUUUUACAACAUCAGAUUGUGGAAGCGGAACCGGUACUUGAUCGAUGUGACGGAGAUAUAUAACAACCUAAAAUGGGAAAAGAAUCGACGGCUUUUCAAGCUCUACUACCUCCUCCUACUAGUGGUCAUUGUCAUAUUCUGGAUAAUCUGGAGCAACGCAGAUAAAAUGCAUUGAUCGGGAGCGACGAGGCAUGCCCAUUCUCCUGAUCUCAAUGCCCAUCGUAUGCUGGCUUUGGCCUCGAUCAAAGGAAAAGGGACGUCGUUUCUCGAGAGACAUGCGCAUGGCUCCGAGAAUUACUGGCAAUGUUCGAAGCGUAUCGCCAGCGGCCUCUCGAGUUCAACUUCAGCUAUCUAUUUUCAAGAUGUUACAACAUGCAAAUGUGCAGCUUUGUGUAGUCUGUUUUGGAUGUAUGUUUUUUUCCUUCCAAAAUAGUUUGUUAAAUUGGUUCGAAUACAUCGACAUCUCAAAGCCUUUCAGCUAAUUAAACGUGUAGUUCAGCAGCGUCACAAUUUAGGGCCCAAAUUACAUUUUGGCCACAGGA